AAAAAACGAACAAGUGUCGCCACCGGUGUGUGUGGUGGAGUCAAAGUUGAUGUUGAUGUGGAGGUCAUGUAACUUGCGUACAACAUGUCUGUGUUGUACCCGAUGCUGUACCUUUGCAUUUAUGGCGUAUUUUCCAACCUGAGGCCGUCGGAACCUUUCCUUACCGCUUACUUGAUGGGACCAGAUAAGAAUCUGACCGAGGCGCAGGUUGUCAGUGAAAUCUACCCAAUCUGGACAUAUUCCUAUCUGGCGUUGAUGUUCCCCGUCUUCCUGGCCACUGACUUCCUCUGUUAUAAACCCGUGUUGGUGUUACAGGCAACCAGUUUUGUGGUCACUUAUGUGAUACUUGCCAAAGCACAAGGCCUUCGCACCAUGCAACUUCUGGAGUUUUUCUUCGGGCUGGCCACAGCCUCUGAGGUGGCCUACUUCUCGUAUAUCUACAGCGUGGUCGAGCCGGCGUACUACAAAAGGGUGACUGCUUACUGCCGCAGUGCGGCUCUUUUUGGCUCGGCCGCCGGCUCGCUGACCGGACAGCUCCUCCUCGCCCUAGCCCAAGUCCAGUUGGUGCACCUUGUGUGGGUCACGCUCGCAUCGGCCGUCGUAGCCUUCGUCCCUCCUUGGUUUCUGCCCAUGCCCAAAAGGAGCUUGUUUUUCCACAAGAAACCUGUGAAGGUGACAGCGAGGCAGUGUGACUACAGCGGCGCCCUCAUCGAGAAGGUCGACCACAAGGUGCCGCAGGACAACGAGGACCUCUCCACUGUGUCCCCGUCAUCUGAGGAAACGAGUAGGAGCUGUGAUUUAUCAGAGGUCUUGAAGAUGCUCCUGGCCGACUUCUUACACUGUUACAGACGAGGUCCUCUACUAGCGUGGUCACUCUGGUGGGCGCUGGCAACAUGUGGUCAUUUCCAGGUGGUCAACUAUGCUCAAGCGCUUUGGGAGAAGAUCCGCCCGUCCAGCGAAUACCUCAUCUACAACGGCUAUGUGGAGACCUUGUCCACACUGCUAGGGGCUGUGGCUGCCCUCCUGGUGGGUCACCUUCCUGUGCGCUGGACUGUGUGGGGAGAGCUGGCCUUGUGUGCCCUUUCGCUCUUCAUGGCAGCAUGCGUACUCGUCAUGGUGACGCUGAAGAGCAUCUGGCUGUGUUACGGCUCGUACGUCUUUUUCAGAACGACCUACAUGCUGCUAAUCACCGUUGCCACAUAUGAAAUAGCUUCCAGUCUCGACAUGCAGCGCUAUGCCUUGGUGUUCGGCGUCAACACCUUUGUGGCUCUGCUGCUGCAGUCUCUGCUCACUCUGGUGGUGGUGGACUCGGUCGGCCUGGGCUUGGACAUCUUCACCCAGUUCUACGUCUACGGCGGCUACUUUGCUCUCAUCUCUGCUGUGUUCUUCAUCGCCGGGCUUUGCAAACUAGCCACCAGGCGACACUCUGACCAAGAGGUCCUUUCCACAAGUCCAGCAGACACAGACAGCACUUAAUGUUGAUUCCAAAAUGUCUACUCACUAACACAGCAGACUAGCUCAUUGGGUUUUUUUUGUGUUGGUUUACAUUCAACUAAGCACUUCUGCCACCCACAAAACACUAUCAUGAGUUUCAGUAUUAAACCGACUGAACUGAUACUUAAAAACAUGCUGUUUGUAAGUACUUUGUCAUAUAGUUUGAAUCAAUUUGAGGCCUUAGACUUGAAAGCAAUACUGUGUGCACUGUCUCUUGUUCUUCCAUACCCCCUUUUUUAUAUUUAAUGUAUAUUUGUGUGCCUAAAAUCACAACUCAGCAGAAUAUUAUAGAAUGUACGUACUACUGUAUAUUUGGUAAAGUUGUUACAAGCCAUUGAUUUGUUAGUAAAUUGUGAAUCAAA